ACGCCGUCAAAACGAGCAGAGAAUUCGCGGAACGAUUACAUCACGUGUGAGUGUUUUAGAAGAGAGAAGUUUCGUCCUGAAACGUACUGAACAACAGCGUUUUGAAGUCAUGUCUUUUUGUUCAUUUACUGGAGGAGAGGUCUAUAAAAAUCACUUCGAAACGGGUACCUAUGUUUGUUCAAAUUGUGGAUAUGAACUGUUCUCUAGCAAAGUGAAGUACCAGCACUCCUCUCCAUGGCCUGCCUUCACUGAAACUAUCCACAAGGAUAGCGUCUCCAAGGUGGAGGAGCGACCUGGUGCACUGAAGGUUCGCUGUGGGAAAUGUGGUAACGGCCUGGGUCACGAGUUUCUGAAUGAUGGACCCAAGCGUGGACUUUCACGAUUUUGAAUAUUCAGCAACUCACUCAAGUUUAUCCCUAAAGAGAAGGGUGAACAGUAGAGUGAGCUGAUGGAUGAAGAAGUGAAGACGAAAUAAAAAUGUACAGAGGGACCCUGUUCUGUGGAAGGUGUGGACAUUUCGUGACGUGUUGUGCUACAAAGCCCACAGUGGAAGUCAGGACACUGAUAUUUAUGGCCACAUUGGUACAAAAAGGACACGUCUGCUCCUAAUCAAUAUUUAUUUAAUUCUGUUCUUAAAGAAAAUCAAAGCACACCAAAAUUAAAUCUAUGUAAUGUAAUUGUUGUAUAAAUCUUAGGUGAUUGGCUGUUUUAUGAUGAUGAUGGUUUUUUUUUCUGAUUGCUUUUUGUGGCAAUUCAUGUUUCGCUAAACUGGCACCAAAAAACGUUAAAGUUUCUUUAUGAUCCUAAUGAUGUCACUCUCUAAAGUAGAAACCGACUGGCAGGCAACAGAACAUCCCAUGUUGUAGGAGUAAAUUGCUUUGUUACCAUAGAACAGUUAGAACAAUUAUGGCUGAUGACACAUUAGAGACAAAUGCUUUAGAGUUAUGAAUCACCUUUAAAGGUUGAAUGUUUUAAAACUGUAACAAAUUUAGGGAAACAAUUUUGUAUUAAAUCUGGAUAGUUAUAAAAUUGUGAUACUUACAGGAUUGUUAUACAGAUCUUUGAUACAGUAUAAUAGAGCCUUGCUUUAAACCAUAUCAAUAAUAGCACCAAUGAGAAAAUAAUGUUUUGUACUCUGGUGCUAAUAAAAUGGCUAUUAUUUUUUCACUACUGUUUGUUCACAUAUUUAAAGACCUACGAAUAAAGAUUUUAGUGCAUAAAGAGAAA